UGCAACCAUCAUAGACUAAAGAUUACACAAGGCACAAUAAAAUGACAACGAAAAAGUUAUUGUGUAUUUUAUUAUUUGCCGUUAUAACUGUGCAAAUAUCGCAAGCUAUACCGGUAACCAAUGACCAGCUAAAGAGCAGAGAUUUGUGUUUACAAAAAACCAAAUACCAGGAUAUGGAAGCCUCGGAAAAUGACAAACUAUUAACGGCCUCAAAUCAACUGCUAAAAUUUACCCUAAGAUCAUUUCAACAACUUUCACUGGCUUACGCUGAAAAGGCCAAAAACAUUAGCGAAAACUUGCUAAAAGAUUCAAAAAUUUCUAGCUCAACUUCGCCUAAAAUUCUACAAUUCAAACAUAAUUUAACCCAGUUUCAGGAGAAAUAUUCUUUGUGUGCUGACAUUGAUGAACUAUUCGAUUUAGUGGAAUUGUAUUCGAAUACCACCUCAUUCUAUUAUGAACUGGAGGAGGCUACGCUGGAUGUUGAUUCAAAAUUAAUUUUGUCACUUUUGAGAAAAUAUGGUUCCGAAGAUUUGGAUAAUGAAUUUGAGAAGUUUUUUAAUGUGUUUGUAGAAAAUUUCGACAAAAAGUUUGAGGAUCUUAAGGGGAAUUUGAAAGAGAAAGAGGGUGAGGUAGGCCAGAAGCUGUUGGGGUGGUAUGAUCAAUUUAAGACUCUCAAGGAUUAUGAUGAUAAAAUAGCUGCCUUUGAGAAGUAUUUUCUAUUUUUUGAACAGGAAUAAAGCAGAUAUUUGACGAGAUCAGUUGCUGUUAUGGUGUUAAUGAGUUGUUUAAUAAGUUUGAAAGUGAAAUCGAAAGGAAAUCUAAUGGAAUAUUUUAUAAAUUUAGAGCUGCAUGAAGGAAUAGUGUUAAAGCUACAAUUAUGUGUUUGGUUUAAUACAAAAUUUCCUCAUAUUUUAAAAAACAUUUUAAUAAAAAGUGUGUUGAUUUUUCUUAAAAGCUU